CGUGACAGGCUAAGGCCAGUGAUGGCCCAUCUUGCCUUAAGCUUGCUUCUUCUUCACUGUCAGCAGCAGAUGAUUGAAUUGACAUUCAAGUGACAUUCUGCUGUCGCCUUUUUGCAUUCACUGAGAAUAAGUAACUUGGCGCUGUAGAAUAGUUUUAAAACCGAAUAUUUUGCUAGGAAAAAUGUUCUAAAAGCGAUCGAAAACAGUUUCCUGUGCCGCGCAACGCAUUACCGUAACCUACUAGCGUCGAAUCCGUCCCGAUCGGAGUUGGAAUUUAGCCGAAAAGAUCGUUUCUAUUGUGAACAGUUUUUGCCUAGCUUUCGAUUUGCAGUUUUAUCAUACGGGAGAUAGAAUCAGAUUCAGGAUGAGAAGCCGCAGUAAUUCCGGGGUCCGGUUGGAUUACUACCAGCGGAUCGUGCAUCGUUUGAUUAUGGCCCACCAGCAGCCAGUUACCGGACUGUUCCCGGCCAGCCCCACGAAUCCGCAUGCUUGGGUGCGAGACAACGUCUACUGCAUAUUGGCUGUCUGGGGUCUCUCGAUGGCGUACAAGAAAAUAGCCGAUCAGGAUGAGGAUCGGGCAAAAGCGUACGAACUGGAGCAGUGCUGUGUGAAGUUGAUGCGUGGGUUGCUGAUGGCGAUGAUGAAUCAGAAAGACAAGGUCGAAAGGUUCAAGAUAUCACAGAACCCGUUGGAUUCGCUUCAUGCCAAAUACAACAGCAAAAAUGGUCAAACCGUGGUCGGCGACGAAGAAUGGGGUCAUCUGCAGAUCGAUGCUAUCUCGCUGUAUCUGUUGAUACUGGCCCAGAUGACCGCAUCCGGGUUGCAGAUCGUGUUUUCACUGGACGAAGUGUCGUUUGUCCAGAAUUUGGUAUUUUACAUUGAAUCUGCCUACUGUAUUCCGGACUAUGGCAUUUGGGAGCGUGGCGAUAAAUCGAACCAUGGUCAAACAGAGCUGAAUGCCAGCUCGAUCGGGAUGGCCAAGGCCGCACUGGAGGCCAUGAACGAAUUGGAUUUGUUCGGAGCUCGUGGUGGUUCUGGCAGUGUGAUUCACGUGCUGGCCGAUGAGGCCCAUAAGUGUCAAGCCGUGCUGCAGUCCAUGCUUCCGAGAGAAUCGAACAGCAAAGAGCUGGAUGCUGGACUUCUGUCGGUGAUCGGGUUUCCGGCUUUUGCCUGCGAUGAUCCUCAGCUGAUUGAAUCCACACAGGAAGCUAUUGUUAGUCGGCUGCAGGGCCGGUACGGUUGCAAGAGAUUUCUCCGGGAUGGCUAUAAAACUCCGAACGAGGAUGUCACCCGGCUGUACUAUGAACCCUGGGAGCUGCGGAUGUUCGAGAAGAUUGAAAGCGAAUGGCCGUUGUUUUUCUGUUACCUAAUUCUGAACAAGGCAUUUCAAAAUGAGAAGGAAUGCGUAGUGGAAUACUCACAGAAGCUAGAGGAAAUUCUGGUUAAAACCGAGGAAGGCAUGCGCCUAGUGCCGGAGUUGUACGCCGUUCCGCAGGAAGUCGUUGGAGCCGAAUAUCAAAAUCCCGGAUCCCAGGAGCGAAUGGUCGUUGGCCGAUGUCCGUUUCUUUGGGGACAGUCGUUGUAUAUUCUGGGCAAACUUCUUCAAGAGGGUUUUCUGGCAGUCGGAGAGUUGGAUCCGUUGAAUCGUCGUUUGGGAGCCCAGAAGAAGCCGGACGUGGUUGUGCAGGUCGUCAUCCUUGCCGAAGACAACGACAUCCGUGAUAAACUUGCCGAACAUGGCAUUCACGUUCAAACGAUUGGCGACGUUGCUCCGAUUGAAGUUCAGCCGGCUCGUGUCCUCAGUCAUCUCUACACCUAUCUGGGACGCAACAAGAAACUCGGUCUGAGCGGUCGUAAAUCCCGUGACGUCGGUAUUCUCAGUACUAGUAAGCUGUACUCCCUGAAGGAUCGCAUCUUUGCCUUCACGCCUCAGAUAUUCGAUUAUGACGAGUACUACACGUCACGCGAUCCGGCGCUGCUGGUCAGCAAUUUUAUGGACGUUCUCGCGUUCCUCAGCAUUAGCUGGCAUCAUCUGCUUGGUCGUCCGACGAUCACACUGACCGCCACGCACUGGCUUAUAGAUAAUAAUAAAGUCCCAUUAGCGAUGAUGCAAACAAUGAAGAAGUUGAAAUCCGGAUACAUCAACGGUACCCGAGUCAUUCUGGGCAACCUAGGAGAUUUUAUCAAUACAUCGGCCAUCACCGAUCUGAGCUUCCUCGGCAGCCAAGAGGAUGGCUAUCCGGAUAAACUCAACCCAUCAGUCCAGUCCUAUUUGGAUGAACAUCUGCUUCGUUCGUUUAGCCAUCGUGCAUCAACCACUUCGAUCCGAUCGUCCGGACUGCGACCGAGAAAUUUACGACGCCGAAUGUCCGUGAAGGGUGCUAUCAAAAAGACACGAUCCAUUAAUGUUGAUUCGGAAACACUUGGCAUGGAGGGCAGCGUAACCGAGCGACGUCUGUCACAUUCGAUCACACCCCAGUGGCUGGAACCGAACCAAGACGGCAAUGUUUCGGCGUCCCGGGAUCCAUCGCCGAAUCAGCCUACCCGUUUCGGCGAACAGCGGGUUUCGAUUGAUGACACCAAGAAGUUACUCAUUCAGACAUCGGCCACCACUGCCACCCCUAAAAUUCAACUUCAACCAUUGCCGAGGCAUCGCCCAGCGACGGAAACUAAUUUCGAGAAUACCGAGGUUGAGGAACUGAUCGCGAUGCUGCGGGAAACCGAGAGUCUGGAAGAGCAGGGCGAUAUUCUGCAGCAUCUGGUGGAUACACAGGGAUUGGACUUCAACACAGAAGUCGUAGGCGGCGGUGCUAAUGAUGAUUCCCAAUCUCAAGGCAUGCUGGAGGAGGGUCGCGUCGUCACCGUGCGUGGUCUUCUCAAGGGUCUGUACGAGAAGGCUUGCCAGCAGAAGAUGUGGGGACUGGUGCGUCACACGGCCGGUAUGCUGGGAAAACGCGUCGAGGAUUUGGCGAAGGCCGUCACGGAUUUGCUGGUCCGUCAGAAGCAGGUGACAGUAGGAAUGCCACCGAACAGUGAGUAUACCAUUACUGCACCGUUGCCGGAGGCCGAACUUCGUACCCUGAUCCAUGAGGCGUAUGGCGAUGAUGAAAGUACUGCUAUGUUAACCCAGGAACUGUUGGUUUAUCUGGCCAUGUUUAUUCGCACGGAACCGCAGUUGUUCCACGAAAUGCUGCGGCUUCGUGUCGGUCUCAUUAUUCAAGUUAUGGCUAAAGAAUUGUCCCGUACACUGAACUGUGACGGAGAGCAGGCUUCGGAACAUUUGCUGAAUCUGUCCCCGUUCGAGAUGAAGAAUUUGCUGCAUCACAUUCUCAGUGGUAAGGAGUUUGCAGUGAACAGUGUUGCCAGAGGAAAUAUUUCGAUCGUCAGCUGCAAAUCGAGUCGUGUCAGUAAGAAAAGUCAAAUUGGUCUGGGUAAGGAGGCAGAGGAAGUUGAAGUUUCUGCGAUCGAUGAUCGGCAGGGUCAGUGGUUGAGACGUCGCCGAUUGGAUGGUGCAUUGAAUCGAGUGCCUAGAGAUUUUUAUCCGAGGGUUUGGACAGUACUGGAACGCUGUCAGGGACUGGCUAUUGAGGGUCGAAUCUUACCGCAAAGUUUAACCCAAGAAAUGACACCGAACGAGCUUAAAUUCGCACUGGAAGUGGAAACGGCCCUUAACAGUAUUCCCCAGCCGGAAUAUCGUCAGCUAGUGGUGGAAGCCUUGAUGGUUCUUACUCUCGUUACCGAACACAACAUCGUUCCUUCGUUGGGUGAUAUAAUCUACGUGGAACAUCUGGUUCACAAGGCCAAUCAACUGUUCCUCGAGGAUCAACGUCAGGUUAAUGGAGAUGCCAUGCUUUGCUGUGCAAAGAAUAAGGACAUUCGUGAGACCACCACUUCCGGAAUGCUACUCUGCGGAGGGGCCGCAUACAUUUGCCAACAUCUGUACGAUAGUGCUCCGAGUGGAACCUAUGGUACCAUGGCAUACAUUGCACGGGCUGUCGCUUCGGAACUCGAGUCUCUACCCAAACAUGGCGACAUGGAUUGCACAAUCUCCUAAGCACUGAAGGCUCUUCUAUCGGUAUAAGUUAAGACAUAAGUAUACACACACACACACGUGCUUAAAACCACAUGAAAUUUUGCGAACGUUUUUUGCUUAUUAUGUUCUAGUUCUAGGCAUAGGAAAUCAAUGGAUAGGACUCAUGACAAGAGAAAAAAAGAGAACGUCUUUAUGGCAUUAAAAAAACUUUGUUAGUUCCUUGUGUUGGUGUUUAUGACGGUUGAAAUUUAUUUAAUUUUUCUGCCUAAGCAACAGUCUAACAGUUUAUUGUAGACCAGUUUUCAACCUCCAGAUAAAAAGCCUGGAAUAGCAUGAAUAGUAACAAGAGUAAUAAAUUAGAUACCAUAACUAUUAUUGUAUUAGCAUGCAAGCAAUCAUACAUAUAACUAGUUAUAUAAA